AUGAUCACAGACGUCCAAUUAGCUAUUUUUUCCAACAUACUCGGGGUUACACUAUUUUUCCUUGUUUUUCUAUACCACUACAUCAAAGCUAAUUACUCAAAAUAAUUUAAAAUAAAUAUAAAACAAGGAAAUGAUUUCAUUGUGGCAAUUCUUGUACAUCAAUUAAAAAUCAACUUGGAUUCAUCAUAAUGUUAAUUUAUAAUCAUAAAAUGAGAUUUAAAAACAUGUAAAGUAAUUAAUUCAUUUUCAUUUAUUUUAUUAAUAAAAUAAUUAAAUUUUA